CUAACAGCACUACAGCUGCCAGCUUUGCGACAGUCAACCGUCAAACGUUGGGAUGGUAGACUCUUUCACGUGUCAGGCACUCCAUUUGUUCGAACCUUACUCGUAUCUUUGAGUUUGGGGGUUACCGCUUAUCUCUGGUCUAUCUACAGUAUCAGGUAGGUCGUAUCAUACGCACAAACAGACACAAGGCGGGAUUGCUUUUUUGUUUCCUCUUUUCUCCCUCUCGGAUCUCGCCUACUCUUACUUGCAGGCUGACUGCUUCAUGCCCUGUCGAGUCUUUUCAUCCUUGACCAACCAAUCCGAAUGUUCUCCCCCUUACCUAUUCGACCAUGUCCCGGGACGGCGGGUCUCCAAUGCACCUCAUUGGUUUGUGAGUGUUCCAAGGGCUGCGAAUCGAGCGAUUGAAUUCAAACUAACGACCGGUACUUGUAAAUGCUACAUAACCACACCAUCUCUUGGAUUGACAUACCGCGAGAUAAACCUCCCGUACUAUCGCGUGCUUAAUUCAAUGUCCAUCUGAUGUAGUAUUGUAGCUAGAUGCACCAUCUCUCUAUUGCUUACCACAGCACGUACACCAUCCUCCAAAACCAGCCCAGAUAUUAUUUAACCAGUCUACCCAUCUAGACAGAUCUCGAUGUUCGCGUUAUGCCGUCGAGCUAGCUAUUGGUGAUAGUCGGACGGCUGUUUGUCCAUCUUGGGUUU